AGGCUGUAGCCCAGUAUCUACACUACGCACACAUCACACUGUAGGUAACCUGCUGCUGCCACAACAAACCGUCGCCCGGUGUAUUUAAAACGAGGCAUGCGCAAAUAUGCAAUUGUGGAGACGAGUGAAAUGACUAUAUAGCACGGUCCCCCAACUGGCGUCCCGCUGCUGAAUCUAGUUGAUGAUCCCUGCUGUAUAGCCUUCAGUCCUGCUGAUUUGAAUAGUAUCAAGCCCGUGAUCAGAGCAACAGACGGCUCUCUGGGGAUCUCAUUUUCAUCCUCUUCAGUCCUCCAUGUGAGACAAGCAGGAUGGGCUGUUCCACGAGUACCCAGACUACAGCGCAGGACACCACCAGACAGCCCAGCUCCAAACCCGAGGAAAGCAAUGGAACCAGCACUACAGGGGCGGCUAAUGAGAACAGUAAGGUUGCGGAGGACAGUGAGACCAUCCCAGAUCAGACAGUGACCGUAGCAGCCACAGGAGGGGAGGCCCAGUCUGCUCCGGCUGCAGCCCAAGCCGAGGCUCCUGCAGACACCACAGACCCAGCCCCUGCAGCGGAGGCCCCGGCCCAGAGUGAGACCCAGCCUGCAGCCGAUGCUCCUGCAGCAGCCACUUCCCCCGAGCAGCCAGCCAGCUCUCCAGAGCCUCCCCCUGCAGCCCAGGACCCAGUGACCCCUUGA